CCCGCGGAGUUUUUUUAUGGUAGGAACUUACAACGUCGGUGUGGUUUUCCAGCGGAACAAUAAUCAUGAACACACACAUCUGAGCACAUUUUUCUCGAUGUUGGAUUUGUUUUUCUAAAAGAUAGUUUGGAUAUCAAACACCUAAAUCGACUGAACAAUCGUCAGGAGAUCGGUUCGUUUAGCACAAUGGCUGCUGCUGUAACGGUGGACUUCAGGGUUCAAGUUGAUCAGUCAUGCAGAUACUCGGAGGAAUUCGUCAAUAUCUAUUAUGACUGUAUGGAUAAGAAAAGAAGGAAUCUGACGAGGCUGUAUCUGGACAAAGCAACGCUAGUGUGGAAUGGCAAUGCAGUCACGGGUCAAGAUGCUCUCGCCGAGUUCUUUGAGUCUCUUCCCUCCAGCGAGUUUCAGGUUCACACUCUCGACUGCCAGCCUGUGCAUGAACAAGCAACUCAGGGCCAAACAACUUUGUUGGUGGUUACAGCUGGCUCAGUGAAGUUUGAAGGGAACAAACAGAGAUACUUCAACCAGAACUUCCUAUUAACUGCCCAAGCCUCUCCUAACAGUGACCAGCCGGUGUGGAAGAUUGCAAGCGAUUGUUUUCGCUUUCAAGACUGGGCAAACUGAAUUGUAGCUUCAACUUUUUGUAUAGCUUUUUUUUUUUUCUUUCUUUUGUACACUCACUGCAAUUGAAGUACUGUAAAUAAAAAAAGACAACUGUUGAACAGUUUCUAAAAUGGAAGACCACA